CAUGAUCCUCCUCAACACUCACCCAAGCCAACAUCACACCUUGAACACCGAAACAUAACAACAACAACACACUCACUCACUCACUUCCUCGGAACUAAAAUCUCGCCUUUUCUCACUAAUCCAAGACAACAUAAUCAAUGUUCCCAAAUGGUAACCGCUACAACAGCUCUAAGAUCUCCACCUAAACUCUUCAUAGCCUCAUCUUCCUUAAUUCUAAACUCUCCUUAGGUAAAGUGGCUUAAUCACUCAAUCUUAUAAAACACUUCAGAGACGACUUUUUCCGCAUUGUUGUUCAAUUGGGUACCCGAAUCUCUUUUCAAAAAAACUUUUUUUCUUCUUCUUUCAAAUGGAUGAUCUUUCAUCCAGCCUUCUGUGCCAAGAAAACGAAACGUGUUUGGAAGAAGGAGGUGAAGAAUUAGAAUACCAAUUCGUUGGAUCACAGCAUGAUUGUGGGGUUUCAGAGGAUGAACAUGUGGGAAUUUUGAUUGAGAGAGAGAUCGUUCUUGGGUUCAAAAAGGAUGAAACUAUGGUGAUUGGGGACUGGGUGAAACGUGCACGCAUGGAAGCAAUCAAUUGGGUUCUCAAAACAAGAGCAACACUGGGUUUUCGCUUCGAAACGGCUUAUUUGUCAGUCACAUACUUCGAUCGAUUUCUUUUCAGACGGUCCAUUGAUAGUGAAAAGAGUUGGGCAAUUCGGUUGCUAUCAAUUGCAUGUCUCUCUCUGGCUGCAAAGAUGGAGGAGUGCAUUGUGCCGGGGCUAUCAGAGUUCAAAUUGGAUGAUUAUUCCUUUGAGGGAAAAGUGAUUCAGAAAAUGGAGCUUUUGGUGCUCAGCACAUUGGAGUGGAAAAUGGGAAUCAUCACUCCAUUUGAUUUCCUUUCCUAUUUCAUCAGAAAAAUCUGCAAAGAAUCCCCACCAAGUCCUAUUUUUUCCAAGACCAUGCAACUCAUCUUCACCACAAUGAAAGAGGUCAAUUUAAUGGAUCACAAGCCAUCAGUUAUUGCUGCGGCAGCUACUUUGGUGGCAAUGGAUCAGCAAUUAACGAUAGAUGCGGUGGAGUUGAAGAUGAGUUCAAUUCCACAACAUAGGCUUCUAGAAUCUAAAGAUGUAUUUGAGUACUACAAUCUAAUUCAAAGAUUAUACGAGGAGAAUACCAAAAGCGACACGCAUACGCCAAUUGAGAUGACAGAGAGCUCCCGAGUUACUUCUUCUGCAGCAAUGGCAAAGAGAAGAAGACUCGCAUUCAGUGAUGAUGAAGGAAGUAGUCAUGGGAAGGGACCGGGCUAGCAAAAAAUCCAAAAUUUUGAAUUUUUUUAGGGUCUAAUUAUUUUUGUGACGAUUAUGUAUUGAUAUUCUUGAUUACUUCUAGCACUAAUCUCACCCAGAGAUAGAGGGAGUGAAAAGUGAAACGCACAUGUAUUAGCAUUGAUUGUGACUGCAAGAAAAAUUGUUUAGCAUUGAUUUGAUGUCUUCCUCAGAAAGCAGCAAGGAAAAGAGGAACAAAGGGAGGAAGCAAGAAUAAAAAUACAUGUAUUAGUUGAGAUGUUCAAAUCAAAUCACAACAAAAGCCAGGUGCUGAUCUAGAAAGCUGCAGAAUCAGAAACAGCAAGUUAGGACUUAGGCCAUUGUUUUUCCUUUUUACCCCUAUAUUUUCUUGUGAUUUUUCUCCAUUCUUACUGUUAUUAUUAUUUUUUUUGUUGUUGUUUCGGUUAAUCUUUUUAACCUUCAUUGCCUAUUCGCAACGGAUUUUGUUUUGUCAUAUCUCUUGCAACCUACCUUUUGAUGGAUGCUUGGGAAGUUUAGUAAUGUCUUCAAAAAGGCUGAAAGGGGGGCGAGAAAACUCUGUUGGUGUGUUUGGGUGCAUGCAUGGUCUGUGUUGCAUAAUGGCCAUCACAAAAGUUUUGUAAGGAUGAAUGUGAUUGGAUUUGUUUGAAUGUCUGAGACUACCUUUAAGGCGGGACCUACCCUUUUGCCUGCAAAUUUUACAUGGCUUCGUUGUGUUCUUGGGUCAUGAAACCCGAGAUAAUAGUGUUUGUGGAACCAAAAGCAUUCCUAUGUUGAUUAUGCUUUAAAGCAAUGGACUUUUGUAUCCUGCCAGUUUUAUUCUAUAACAUCCUAAAUUUGGUGUAGCGA